ACUCCUUUCAGUUCCACCUCCACUCCACCUUUCUGAGGAAAAUUAUAUCUGCUGCCUGAAUCUGCAACCUCAUUCUUUUGGUCAUUACCCAGAGCUCAUGACCAUAGGUGAGGGUUGGGACGUAGAUGGACCAGUAAAUGGAAAGCUUUGCCUUCCGGCUCAGCUGCCUCUUCACCACGAAGGUCUGGCACAGCGUCCGCAUCACUGUAGACACUGCGUCAAACUGCCGAUCCAUCUCACGCUCCAUUGUAACCUUACUCAUGAGCAAGGCCCCGAGAUACUUGAACUCCCUUGCUUGGGGCAGUAACUCAAGAAAUAUGACUCAAGAAAUAUGACUAAUAGCAGCAUUAGUAGGCAUCAGGCAGGACCAUGGCAGCACCACAACCACGAUCUAGACACAACCCGGCAGAUGAGAAAGCACAAAAGCUCUAGGAAAGAAGCAGAGUUAGUAGCAUACAUUAAUGGGGGGGGGGUGAAUGUUUGCAAAUGGAGAGAGAGAGGAGAGAGGAGCUCAGUGUGGUAGGAAGGAGGAAGUCCCCCAGCAGACUAGGCCUGCAUCAUCCUAAUUAGGGGCUGGUCCAAGGUAAGCCUGAGCCAGCCCCUAACUAUAAGCUUAUCAAAGAGGAAAGUCUUAAGUUGACUAUUAAAUGGGACGAUGAUGUCUGUGUCCCCGACCAGAACUGAAAGAUUUCCACAUCCAUAACCAUUUAAUAAGCUUUAAGUAUCAACAGUUGCAACCUUAUAACAGCCAUGCAAAUAUUGUUUAUAGCUGUUUUACAAACUGUUAACAAAUACUUAAUAUAGUAUAUGAAAUGCAUUAAUGUGUGCAACAAUAAACUGAUAAAAUUCUGUAAAUUAUAUGUCUAACAGCACCCCUGUAUGUACACACUGCUGGCCAGAUUCUCAUGAGACCGUGCGAAAACUCUCCUCUGUGACCUGCAGGAUUCCAGGCAGAGACUACAAGCAAGAUCUUCCCCCUCCAGCAGACAGAGUCAAGGCUAUCACUGUACAUAACCUGACCAUCCCGACAACACGCAUUAAACGUCUCACGCUCACCUGCCAUGAUACAACAGGAAAGCCAAGUUAUGCCUGGAACUACAUCAGCUUUCCUCCCCUUAAGCCCAGAAACAUCAGCUGUUUGACCUCAGACAUGACAACCGUCAUUUGCACCUGGAAUCCAGGCAGAAAACGAGAUCAAUAUGAUCCCAACAAGCAGAGUCACACUCUCCACAUAGAGAACUCAGACCAGGCUCCCAUCAAAUGCCAGCAGUCUCCUUGUACUUUCUCGGCCGUCCCACAGUUGGAAGAAUACAACAUCAGUGUGGUGGUGAAGGACGAGCUGGGAGAGGCGAUGGAGAGCUACACCUUCAACCUGUCUGAAAGAGUGUUUCCUGUUGUGGAGGUGAAAACAGUGAGCCCUGGGGCGACAGACACUGCUGUGUCCUGGGUCGUACAUGGGAACUUGACCAGACUGAACCUCCUCUGUCAGGUCACUGCAGACCCAGACAGCACCACACAGCUGAGUUGCAAUAAUGUGAGCGGUCACUGCAAAGUCAAACUGGAACAUCUGCUUCCCAACACCCACUACUCCACUAGGGUACGCUGCUCUCUCAAUGGCAGGCUGUGGGGAAAAUGGACACAGCCCAUAUCCUUCACAACUUAUCCGUUGGUGACCUUGGACGUAUGGAGGAGAAUAAAGCAGCUGCCCGACCCGAACAGUCGUCAAGUUACUCUAUUGUGGAUUCCACAUGCUCCUGGCUCAGCAGUCAAAGAGAUCAUCAAAGGCUAUGACAUUAAGUGGUCACAGGAAGGCAAAAACUGGACCGAUAGGAAGGACAGUGGGCAAAACCAGGCAGACGUGUUCAUCAAUGGGGGACAGUAUGAGUUCACUGUCCAGGCUGUUGUUCUCAGCAACUCCAGCGUCCCUGCUCACAUCACCAUCCCAUCACAGAGGGAUAACGGAGAAAUCCUCCCAGUAAAGAAGCGGUUGAGCAGCAGCACAGCAGCUGGUUUUAAUCUGUCCUGGGACGAGCAGCACACUGUCACCUGUGGCUACACCGUGGAGUGGUGCAUUCUGGGAAACGCAGUGCCUUGUGUUCUGCGAUGGCUGAAGGUGCCUGAGGGAAACAACACAUUGUCCCUACCUGCUGGAAACUUUAAAGCAGGUCGUAGGUAUACAUUUAAUAUCUACGGAUGCACAGAGAAUGGACACAGGCUACUGGAGGUACAGACUGGAUACUCACAAGAGCGGAAAUCUGUCAGGUCCCCAGAACUGGUUGAACCUGUUCAGAGAACUUCCUUCUCUGUGACACUGGAGUGGCGUUACAAUGAGGACGAUCCGGCUCAUCCGGCGUUCAUCACUGGUUACCUGGUGACAGUGGAGUCUGAUACGCUGCCAGGUCAUGCUGCAAAUCGGUUCAACGUGUCAGUGGCAGACCCUCAUAAGAAGUCUGUGACUAUAGAGGGUCUGCAGCAGAACCAAGAGUAUGCUUUCUCUGUGAGCGCUCUCACUACGGAGGGGCCUGGACAACCAACCAAUAUCAUUAUCAGGACCAGAACCAACUACUCUGCUCACUUGGUCAAGAUACUGACUCCCAUCUUGUUACUGCUGGGAUGCAUCAUUCUCUUGUGGCCUCGAAGAGAAAUGCUGAAGAGCAGGCUCAAGGAGGUAUUUGCUUAUCCUGCUGGUAUGAACAUCAAAACUCCAGAGUUAGACAGCUUCCUGCAUGAGACUGGUGAGAGGCUGCAGUCUCAGAAGGUGGAGGAGUGCAGCUGCUGUGACAUUGAGAUCCUGAAUAGCAGACCUCCUCUGGAUGAAACCCUGGACACACUGCCCUCUCCUGGUUCCAAGUCCUUCUCUCCAACGUUGCCACACCAAGUAGACUACUGUCCCCAGUCAGUCACAGUGUCCUGGGACACACCUUACCUUCAUCAAAUAACAUGCGUCACAAACAAGACGUACUUGCCCACCGCAGUGGAGGAUUUGUCUGAGGCGGAAGAAGUCACUGAGAUCAAAUCAAGUUGUGAAACCUCUGAGAGUCUGCUGGAGUCAUGCAGUGUUAUUUACGGUUAUAUCUCCAGUGAUAAUCUGUAAGUGAAAAGUUAAAGAACAAGCCCAAAACUUUGAUGUCAUAUGGUUUUAGGAGUUUAAGAUAGGUGCUUUGUUUGUUAGACAGAAUGUUCCUGCAGCUUUCUGUUGUAAAUCUUUUGUAUUAAUGUCAUGUUUCCACAUACUAUAUACUGUACAUCUAUACAUUGUACAUAUGUGAUUUUAUUGGGAAACUAUAGCUUGCAGAUGUUAUAACAUAUUGUAUGUAGAACAGAAAACACACAGCAGGUUAUCUGGACAGUAUUUUAAACUGCUUAUGGCUUCUGCAGCAAUACAGUCCAAAAGUAAAAGUGUCCACAGUGACACAAGAGGAACUCAGUGUAAAGAUUUUGGUGAACUGUGAAGCAGCUACAGAUGUUAUCUGCAGGAUGCAUUUGGUAGCACUGAUAAGGCAGCUGAGCAUAUGCAUCUUUUUUGAGCUUUUGAUUUUAUAUUACUUGUAUGGUCCUAUUGAAACGUGUUUUUAAAUAAUCAAAAACUGUACUGGAAUAUCAGGGUGAAGGAAGUACUAUGUAUAAGUUGCGUAAUAAAAUAUUGAUGCAAGGAUUAAAAGGGUUACUUGUCACUAUUUCUUUUCUCUGCAGCUCCUCAUCAGUGACUAAUGGGUAAGAGGUGUUUUUACUGUAAUAAGCAUCUGACUCAUACAGAAGAACAGUCAGGAAUCUCAAAUCUGAACUCUCUCUACUUGUUAAAACAGGUCAUUCACUAACAGCAGAAACCUCCUACAAGUUUACAGAUAU